AUGUUUAAGUCAUUUGAAACUUCUAAAAGUUUAACUUGGCAUGAUGAAAGUCGAAUAAAAGAUGGUCGAUUGCGUCAUCCAGCUGAUUCACCAUUGUGGAAGAUGGUAGAUCAUAUGUGGCCAGAUUUUGCAAGUGAGCCUAGAAACCUUAGGUUAGCCCUUUCAUCAGAUGGGAUAAACCCACACAGUUCUCUUAGUAGUAGAUAUAGUUGUUGGCCAGUAAUUUUGGUCACAUAUAACCUUCCUCUGGAGCUGUGCAUGAAGAGGAAGUUUAUGAUUUUAACGUUAUUAAUUUUUGGCCCUAGACAACCUGGCAAUGAUAUAGAUGUGUACUUGGAACCAUCGGUUGAGGAGUUAAGAACAUUGUGGGAUGGAGUGGAGGGAGUCUAUGAUGUUUUCCGACAACAGUCCUUCACCUUAAGAUCUGUACUUUUGUGGACAAUCAAUGAUUUUCCAGCUUAUGGUAAUCUGUCCGGGUGCACUACGAAAGGAUAUUAUGCAUGUCCAAUUUGCGGUGAGAAGACAUAUGCGGAAAGUGAAGAUUUUAAUGGUAAGGAAGAACUUGACCCGACACCAAAACCUUUAACCAGGGAACAAGUAUGGAAAGAAGUUGAGGCCAUAAACUAUGAGUGGGGGAAGAGAAUUGGGAAGCGGAAAGAUGAUGGUUGUACUAAGUGUUAUAAGAAGAGAUCAAUUUUCUUUGACCUUCCUUAUUGGAAAUCGUUGUAUGUUCGACAUUGCCUCAAUGUUAUGCACAUCGAGAAGAAUGUAUGCGAGAGUAUUUUUGGUACAUUGUUGAACAUUCUCGGAAAAACAAAAGAUGGGGUGGCAGCGUAA